AUGAGCUCUAGCAGUAGUGAUGAGAACGAGACGACGAUACACCGCCGUUCGGGAAUCUAUACACAACCGAAAGCCGGAUCGUCGAAACGAUCGUCAAGUGUGAGGCAUGAUGUUAGUGAUGCCGACGAGGACGAUGAGCAGCCCUAUACGACGUUUAGGAAGGAUGUGAACAUGGAAGUGGACGACCGUAUCACGGCACUUCUCGCCUCACUCCAUUUCGAACAGAAACGAGAUAUUGUUCCAACUGAUGAAGAUGACGAUAAACUACGAAAAUUACACGAGAAAAUAUGCUCAUUGAUAACGAAUGAGCCUGAUGGUCAUAGAAGACGUCGCCUAAACAAAGCGUUGGGCGCCUCGAAUUGCGUCCGUGAACAAGUAUAUUACCUUCGUCGGAAGCCGUCAACACCUCCUCCCACCUACUAUCACCGUCUCAACGCCGCACUUCACACAAUAGUAAAAGAGUCAUUCGGAGAAGAAUAUCGAAAAGUUGCCACCGUUUUGGGACUCGUCGAAGCGCUAGCGGAAGUCUUAAUCCUAGAAGUUCACACCUUCGGAAUCCCUGAAUCGAAUGCUGGAGAGCAUCGAAAUAUUCGGAAAUUGAUAGCGAAUGCUCUAACGAAUUUGACCUACGGACAGAUUCUAUCAAAACGGAGACUGUGUUCGUACGAUGGAUUCAUUCGAUGCGUCGUUCGAAUCAUCAUCGAAUCCCCAAAUAUCACUCAAGUCUACGCUGGUCUCAUUCGAAAUCUCUCGUGGAAUGCUGAUUCUGGAAUGAGUGAAGCCCUUCAACCGACUGUAAACGCGUUGUCAAUUGCGGCUGUCUACGCGCACACUCAUCGAUUCGAUGUCACUGCGAUCCUAUCGGCACUAUGGAAUCUUGCGGGACACUCUGUUGAGAAUAAGCGAACGAUUUGUGAUACGCCGAAUUGUUUGAAAGUUUUGGCGAGUUUAUUGUCGCCUGACGCCAAGUUUACGUCGCUUGUCGACUCGGCUACUGGCAUUUUGAAAUAUGUUUCCCAGUAUUUGGCAACGAACUCGACGCAUUUGGAGCUGCGAAGUUUGCUCAUUUCCCGAAUGCUAACCCUCCUAAAGAGUGCCUCAUUCACGUGUGUCACGAAUACACUCGGCGCCAUUGCCCAUCUAAUCGCCAAGGAUCCCCAUAUGCAACAAUUGAUUCGUCAAGACGUUGCCGCCGUUCAACAACUAAAUGUUCUUCGAAAUUCGAAUCGAGACGAUAUUCGAAAAGCGGUGAAAGAAGUGCUCAACACUCUAAAUCAACCGUGUAGCAGCCAUCGAUACGGCGGUGAUAUGUCUCAUUCGGUGGGGGGCGGAGCCUCGGGGAUUCAGAUGCUCUCGUCUGAGCCUCAACUACAGAUGCAGACGUCACAUCAUGCUUACCAUGGAACGGCGUCGCCACGACUUUUAUCGUUGAGAGCGACACGGGCGUCACCUGGAAAAUAUAUUCAUCCACAACAAAUGCAAGUGGCGGUCGAUCAACGGUCGAGCAGUCUGCCACGUCAUUUUGCGAUUCAAAGGAAUGGAUUCAUGAUGGCUCAAUCGUAUAAUCAACAGAUGGAGACUCAGCAAAUGGCGUAUCAAAUGCAUCAUCAACAGCAGAUUAUGAUCCAAACCGACGACCAGCAACAAAAGCAAAUGCAGGAACAUCACCAGCAGAUGCUGUAUCUCCAACAACAACAACAACAGCAAUUCCAUCAACUCCAACAACAACAAGAAGCUCCGCCCCCUCCAGUCCCACCCUCAAGCGGCGACGAUGAUCUCGACAUUCCCACGUCUACAGUAAUGGGAACACGCAGUAAUAGUGAUCGAAGUCUGGGAUCAAUGAAUCCGGGAAGCGCGAUGACAACGGGCGGAUGGAAUUCCACAUUGGACACGGCGGCCAAUAGCUCCAGAGCUCUUUCCCCAGUGUCUUUUAGCGAUAUUCCAGCGUCCCCGACGAUGUGCGCACAGGUUUUCAAUUUGGGGAUUCAGAAUCCAAUGGAUCAGAAUCCGAUGACGACGUCACAGACGUCACAGAAUCAGAAUCCAAAUACCACUCAUUAUAGCAAUGGGUCGGCGAACACGAUGACAAGAAGUGAUGGUGCCACGACGAUCCCGAUGGAUAACAUAAUCACACCGACGUACGCUACGGUGAAUCCUCCAGAAGACCUUGACAGUCCAGACGACGUACUUCCGGGUCCCGCGCUCGAAGAUCCCGAUGACGGCGACUACGCGAUCAUUGGUGGCGCCGCGCAGAAGACUGACGAUGAGUUGCUCACUAGAUCCAUUCAAUCCGAGAUGCCGACGUCUUCAUCGACGCCCAAAAUGAAGGUAUCCCCACGACUCGCCGGAUUCUUCUCGCCCACAUCGCGGUCUCAGACGUCGCCGAUUCUGAAGCCCUCUUCUCAACUCAGAAGAGAUCAUCCAUCAGACGCGGAUCGUCUUCUCAUGGAAUCUAUCAUGUCUGAAAUGCCUGGCGCUCUACCACAUGGUGCUCCGCGAGCCAAUUCAAAAAACGGGGAAGCCGAUCGCCGCGACGCGUACACCGCAUCGCAUGAGUCCAGCGAUCAGGGCUUUGAGAUUGGAAGAGGUGGCUCACAAAUGCAGAGAAUGGAGUCAUUGGAGAGUCACGCCUCCAGUGAGGAUGAUAGUUUUGGAUUGAAUGGAGAUGACGUUGGGAAUAUUGGGAAUACGAUGAGAAUUCAGGAGGACGAUGACGUCAUUGACGCAUCACUACCGAUGGAUUGUUGUGUAGAUGAUGAGGAUUAUGAUUAUACGGAUGAUCAUUUUGAUGAUUUUGAUUAUGAAGAUCAGGAUGAGGAUCCAGAUGCAACACAAUUCGACGAAGGAAUCGAUCCACAAUUGACUAUUGAUUGCUCUAUGAUUUCUAGUGGAUCUGGAGGAUCUGGAUCAUCGAUUCCGCCGAAAAAUGAGGCAUCUGGAGCGUUGGCUACGUCGACACCCAAGGGAUCGGCCUCAUCGAUUCCGGGAGUUCGACGGGCGAAACGAGUGGCAACGAAUGGGAAGACACGAUUGCCGGUGCCCAAGACGAAUGGGUCGUUGGUGGAGAAGAUGCGAAAACCAGUGAUCGAUGCGAGUCGACCCCGUCUCCCACCGAAACCAACACUUCUAAAAGAGAAACAUUACCCAGCAGAAGAAGAAGAAGAGGAUUCGAUCGAAAAUCAGACGAGAGAAGACACGAUAUACGUGAAUGCGCCGAUUGUGGAGGCAGAACAAGAGCAUCGGAUUUAUAUGAAUGCACUCAAACAGAAUCAGAUGAAAUUGGAAACGACGUCGUUAAUUCAGUCGACACCCCCGCCGCAGCAGACAGCCACGAAAUCUGCCAUCGUUACACCGUAUAACUAUCAGAAACCACCGUUUACGGGACGAAGCAAUGGCGAAAUGAACACCGAAAAAAGUGUGACACCAAAUCCGAAGCAAAUGCUCGUCACGAUAGUCUGA